AAGCUGUUCUGGUUCAAGAACAGCACUGCGUUCAUGAACAUAGAGUCAGCUGUCAGCUGACCCAAUGCAGAGCAGGCUCCCAUGCGGGGGCUGCACCAUUGCAGCAAUCGUAGCAAUUUCCGCUUCUUUGCCCUUGCUUGAGGCUGCCAAAGCAGCGUCCAGCCGCUCGUCAGCCCGGUCCUAUGCAGCCAGCGCACGGAGUGUUCCAAUGAGCUUGGAGCACCUCGAGACGGCGUUGCUGGCGCUCGAGAAACAACGUGGCACUCCAGAGUUGGCGGGAACCGUGACAGAGAUCGACAAGAUGGUGACAGAGAUGAAAGGGAUGGUUCGAAACCAAUCUAAACUCACACAGCAGACUAUCAACCAAGCGUGGUCGGAUUUCAUCUCCUGCGCAGGGCUGUAUGACAUCGAUUCCCGAUCGGACUUGCAGUCCGUGGACAGCAUUGCGCGUGUGCAUGCAAAUUGCCGCCUGGAAGAGUCUGGGAAGAAGAUGAUUCUAGAUGCUUGUGAGAAGGAGCUGGCCGUCAGAAGUGCAAGUGAGCUGCAGCGAAAAGGGGAGUUUGACACUCUGAACCAAUUUCCCAGCAGCGGCUUCUGUGCACAUCAUACAAACUCUCAACAGUAUAGCACUGUCAGAGGAUACAUAAAGCACUACAGGGAUCACUUUGCUUCCCACUUGCUGUCUUGGGAAAAUGCGUUCAAUGCCUCCACGGAUGCCACCAAAGCAAAGCUCCACACGUUGCGCGAUUGCUAUGGCGAUGAUCGGACGAAGAAUGGACAGGGUGGCAAGGAAGAAGCCUUGGUGACAAAAAAAGUCGACUGCCAAAAGCUUCAGCGCAAAGUUGAGGAUGCAGCCUGCGAUCGGAUCGCUCACCGAGCUGACUGCGUGUCCUAUGCCAAGUGCUAUGAAUCGAACCACAACGCCUACUUUGCGUCAGGCCAAACGAAAGAGACGUCCAUCCAGCAGUCGGGGAAGCAGCGCGAGGAGUAUCGCGCCUUGGUUCGGAUCAAAUGCGUCUUGGACGCUUAUGCUACCUACCAGGAUGGGCCGUCGCUCUCAAAGUCCAUUUCUGAUUGCCAGCAAGUCCAGGCUGAUGUGUCCUUUCUGGAUAUUUCUCUCCCAGACGAAGCUGACGCCAUGCCCCCUGACAACACCGCCUGCUUGCAGCAUAGCUCAUCUGAAAAGCCGGGCAGCGAGAGCUUCACAACCCAAUUCUACCAGAGCCUUAUCGCAAAGGAUGAUUCCACGCAUUGGGACAACACCAAGGAUGAUGUGCUGACAUGCAAGGGCAGGUGCUGCCCGCUGCCAACUGAUGCGACGGUUUAGCCAUGCGCUAGGCGAGCUUUGUCAAGUUGAAACUGCCAGGUGAUGGAUCUAGAUCUAACAAACUGUGCAUGCUCUACGGUUCCCUUAGCAGCUACUGAUGUGUCCCAAUGUGAUAGUUUGGCCAAGUCGUGAGCCUGAGUAACUGAGUUGUUGCGAUGGGCCGUCAUGUCUGGCCCAAGCAUAAGUUGAGUCUAGUUUGUCCGAGAUGAAAGACCAAGAAAGCUUGGCGAAGCCUCAAUCAGCGCAAUUUCACAGCCAACACGAUUGAGGCAAGAGAACACGGGGAAGACGUCCCUGCUCGCGAC